AUGCGACAGAAGGAACUCCAGCAGGUCUCCCAACAAAUUCAGACUCUUCAGAGAGCUUUGCACAACAUGCAGGAGUCUAAUCAGCAUGAAUUUAAGAUCCUCAGACGAGAUGUGGAGAACCAACUAGAGCUUUACAAAAUGCAGCGCUACAAAGUGGAUGUCACCUUGGACGCUGACACAGCCCACCCCAGACUGGAAAUCUCUGAUGAUGGGAAGAGUGUGAAAGAUACUGCCAUCAUCAGAAAUGUGCCCAGCAAUGCGAAGAGAUUUGAUUCCCACACUUUUGUGUUGGCAAAGGAAGGAUACACAUCUGGGAGACACUACUGGGAAGUAGAUGUUGGCAAGAGAAGAAACUGGGCCUUAGGUAUUGCCCAGGAAUCUGUGACUCGCAAAGGGACAUUGACUCCAUCCCCUAAGAAUGGCUUCUGGACAAUAGGGGUAGCAACUGGGCGAGACUAUUUUGCCUACACAGAUCCUUGGACCCGUCUGAGUGUGAGUGGGAAGCUGCAGAAGACUGGAAUCUUGCUGGACAUCUCAGCCAAGAAGCUCUCAUUUUAUAAUGUCCAUAAGAUGGCAGCCCUGUACACUUUUAUGAUUGCUGAUGGUAGCAGCCAGGAAGAGAAGAUUUUUCCCUUCUUCUCAACAGGCCCUGCUGCUUCUACAGAGCUUGACACUGAGCCUCUGAAAAUAGUGCAGGGGUUUGAUGAAGGGUUCAUUCUAGAUUGUGGAUGUCUAUAG